AUGGAAGCAGAGUUCGUGGCCGCGUCGGAUAUGGCUCGUGAACUUGUCGACUUGCGCGAGGUCGACAUGGUGUCGGUUAUCUUCAUGAUUAUUCGCGUGGACAAUCAGGCGAUUAUCAGCCAGAUCGAUGGAGAAGCCUCGAGCCUGGAGGCCAAGCACAUCGGCGUGCGGCUCAAGUUCAUCAGUGACUUCGCGCGCCGUGAAAUUGUGAAGACCCAGUACGUUCGCUCGGAGCUUAAGCUUGCGGAUUUAUUGACCAAAGCCAUGGAUGUGUCAAAGCUCGCGACGCUGCGCGGCCUAAUGCAGCUCGCCUAG